AUGCUCUUCACCCUCCCAUCUACGCUUCUCCCAACGCUCCUCCUCCUCUCCACCCCAACAACCGCCUACAAACCUCUAUCAGACACCUUCCUCCGCGCAAUACCCUCCCCAGACACUGCGAUCGACCCCAAAACCGGCCCUCUCCUCGCUCCUCUCCUCAUCCCCCGUGUCCCCGGCACCCCAGGCCAACUUCUCGCCCAACGACACCUAGUCUCCUACUUCCAGACCGAAUUACCAGCCUGGAACAUAUCCUGGCAAAACAGCACAUCCACGACCCCAACAUCGCGGGGCGCAGAGCUGCCUUUUGCGAAUCUAGUCGUCAAACGCGAGCCACCAUGGGUCAGCGAAGGGCAAGCCAACCUCCUCACGCUGGUCGCACACUACGAUAGUAAAUUGCAACCUAGCGGGUUCAUCGGUGCGACGGAUAGUGCGGCGCCAUGCGCCAUGUUGAUGCAUAUAGCCAAAGUAAUCGACCCAUAUAUCCAGCGCAUGUACGAUGAGAUGUCUGCAUUACAAGAGGGAGGAACCGUAGACAUGGACAUGGGGAUCCAGAUUCUAUUUCUUGACGGGGAAGAAGCGUUUGAGAACUGGAGCGAUACGGAUUCACUUUACGGGUCGAGAUCUCUAGCACAGCAAUGGGCCUCGACGUCCAACCCCCCUUCUGCAGCCUCCAAGUUCUACCAAAAUCGUACUCCCUUGUCUCAAAUCUCCCUCUUCUUGCUCCUCGAUCUUCUUGGUAGCGCGGCCCCGACGGUGCCAUCCUACUUCCCCACAACGCACUGGGCAUACCGCCACCUAUCAACAAUAGAAUCACGACUCCGAGAUCUUAAACUCCUCGAAUCGCAGCCUGGUUCACCUUUCUUACCAGAUGCAAAUGGGACCAUGGGUGGUGGCGGGAUCUCAGAUGAUCAUUUGCCGUUUAUGGGUAAAGGCGUGGAGAUAUUGCAUGUUAUCCCUAGUCCGUUUCCGAGGGUGUGGCAUACCAUGGAGGACGAUGGGGAGCAUCUGGAUAUGAAGACUGUCAGGGAUUGGUGUAAGAUCGUAGGAGCAUUUGUGUUGGAGUGGUUGGAUAUGAUGGAGGUGUGGGAUGAGCCCGGCGAGGAAGCAAAUCAGAGAAGGUGGUUAGCGUAG